AUCGCUCACCGCCAUAUUGGAUAAACUACCAGUGGACGGGGGAAGAGUAGAAACACUGUGCUAUAGUUGUCAUUACCAGAGAUUUUAAAAAUAUUUUUAAAAAAUAAUAAUAAUUAGAGUCAGUAGCUGUAUGUAUCGGGCAAAUUUAAAGUGGUUUUAAAAAAAAUUAUAAUAAUAAAAAAUCACGGCCGGGUAGUGCUGAGUGGUUUUCAUCGGAACUUGUAGACAUGACUUCUUCCCUGACACAGCGGAGCUCUGGCCUAGUGCAGAGACGGACCGAGGCCUCCCGUACGGCUGCCGCCGACAAGGACAGAGGAUCCGGGGAUGAAGACUUCGAGCCCCGCCGCGGGGAAGAACAAAAUGAACAAGACACCGGUGACUCCAAAGAAACUCGACUCACGUUAAUGGAAGAAGUACUACUCUUGGGAUUGAAGGAUCGCGAGGGCUACACGUCGUUCUGGAAUGACUGCAUCUCGUCGGGGCUGCGUGGCUGCAUGCUCAUAGAGCUGGCUAUCAGAGGACGACUACAGCUGGAGGCCUGUGGCAUGAGGAGGAAAAGCCUACUCGCCAGGAAGGUGAUCUGUAAGUCAGAUGCUCCGACAGGAGACGUGCUAUUGGACGAGGCUCUCAAACACGUGAAGGAGACCCAGCCCCCAGAGACGGUGCAGAGCUGGAUCGAGCUGCUCAGCGGUGAGACGUGGAACCCUCUAAAGCUGCACUACCAGCUGAGGAACGUGAGGGAGCGCCUAGCCAAGAACCUGGUGGAAAAGGGCGUGCUGACCACGGAGAAACAGAACUUCCUGCUCUUCGACAUGACCACUCACCCACUCACCAACAACAACAUCAAACAACGCCUCAUCAAGAGGGUUCAGGAGGCCGUGUUGGAGAAAUGGGUCAACGACCCGCACCGCAUGGACAAGCGGCUGCUCGCCCUCAUCUUCCUGGCCCACUCGUCUGAUGUCCUGGAGAAUGCCUUUGCCCCUCUGCUGGACGACCAGUAUGACCUGGCCAUGAAGAGAGUACGGCAGCUCCUGGACCUGGAGCCGGAGGGGGAGAGCACGAAGACUAACGCCAAUGAGUUGUUGUGGGCCGUGGUGGCCGCCUUUACCAAGUGACCUGACCUACCACCUUCAGACAACAUAGGGUUGGUUGUUUAAUGACGACGAUGGUGGUGGGUAUGGUGUGAAGGGAGAGGGAGACGACAGGACAGCUUGGCGUGGGACAGAGAGGAGAGGGCUAGUUCUGACUUGAGUUCACCUCCACCUAGGCUUUCUGAACAGAAUAGACCGCUCCAGACCUGUCCAAUGAUUUUUUAAUUUUUUUUGUUUUCUUUCCUUGUAGAUAACUCUCUCACUCCUUCCUCCAUCAUGGUAUUUUGUGUGUCUGCGAGAUGCCAUUUAAAUCGCUGACUUUUACAACAACAACAACAAAAACUCCCCUGUGAUGGAGAAACGUUUUGGAUACUGGACUGACUGAAAUAUAAUGAUUCAAUCAUUCUUCUCUCUUCCUCCCUGGACGAAUGUCUUUCUUCAAAGUAUGUUAUGUAUUCUCUCCAGGUAUCUAGCUCUAACUCACUUUAACAUGUAUUAAUCCACUGGUGUUCAGUGAUGUACAUGCAGAUUCCAUGUACGUGAAACAUAGUAACCGUUAUAUGAAUACUAGAGAAUUAUUCUCCUGACAAGUUUCUUUUUUUUGGGGGGGGGAGGGGUGGGGCGGGGAUUUGAUUUCCUCUCCGAUGUGAUGACGUCAUGGUGACAUGGUCUGACGUUUCCUGUUUCUGAUUUACACUCAUGUUUUAUGAACGAAAGCUUCUCUCAUGAACGUGUUUGAGUUCCAGGUAAAUGUGAGAGACCAAGGGCUUCAUCUGAAUUCUACCUUACUACAUAUAUAUAUAUAUCUCUUAGUGUAGUAGUGUACUAUAUAGGGAAUAGUCUCUCUGUUACUUUUCAGAUGAACUAAACCCUUUAGGCCAGUCUUUGGUCUCAAGAGUUCUGCUGAGGUAAAUACAUCUGCAUUCAUAGGUUCGGUUUGCUCCGACACCCAAGAGUUCAUUCAGUCUUGUCUGUUUCGACUGGGAAGCAUAAGGUAAGCUUGUGUCUAUCUAGCUGGGAAUCAUCUUUUGACCAGGCCCCCCUAGUGCACUAUAGAGGGAACAGGGUCCCCCUAGUGCGCUAUAGAGGGAACAGGGUCCCCCUAGUGCGCUAUAGAGGGAACAGGGUCCCCCUAGUGCGCUAUAGAGGGAACAGGGUCCCCCUAGUGCGCUAUAGAGGGAACAGGGUCCCCCUAGUGCGCUAUAGAGGGAACAGGGUCCCCCUAGUGCGCUAUAGAGGGAACAGGGUCCCCCUAGUGCGCUAUAGAGGGAACAGGGCCCCCCUAGUGCGCUAUAGUGGGAACAGGGCCCCCCUAGUGCGCUAUAGAGGGAACAGGGCCCCCCUAGUGCGCUAUAGAGGGAACAGGGCCCCCCUAGUGCGCUAUAGAGGGAACAGGGGCCCCCUAGUGCGCUAUAGAGGGAACAGGGGCCCCUAGUGCGCUAUAGAGGGAACAGGGGCCCCCUAGUGCGCUAUAGAGGGAACAGGGGCCCCUAGUGCGCUAUAGAGGGAACAGGGGCCCCCUAGUGCGCUAUAGAGGGAACAGGGGCCCCCUAGUGCGCUAUAGAGGGAACAGGGGCCCCCUAGUGCGCUAUAGAGGGAACAGGGGCCCCCUAGUGCGCUAUAGAGGGAACAGGGGCCCCCUAGUGCGCUAUAGAGGGAACAGGGUGCUAUUUGGGAUGCAGACAUUCGUCUGUGCCUCAGCCUUUCUUCAGUGUCUACGUUUCUGUCCGUCCGUCUGAAAGUGAUUCCGUAACCAAGAAACAGCUCCAAUGAUCCAGUACGGAAUAAAAGGAUCAUCUCUUCUAGAACUUUCACCUGACUAUCAUGUUUCUUGAAGUCAUUCAGUUUAUUUUUGUAACUUUCUCAUAAUCAAUUUGUCAUCGGUUGUGUCUGUUCACUCCAAAAGGUCUGAAAUUAAUAAAACAAAUCUAAAUUAUG